AUGUCCAAUAAAUUUUUAUAUUUUGCAUAUGGAAGUAAUAUGUUAACGAAAAGAAUACAUAGUAAUAAUCCAACUGCAGUACGAAAAGAUUUUUGAAGGUAAAUAUAUAUUGCUGAAGCGAAUUUUCCACGUGCGCGGCUACUACAUUCAUUUUUAUUUUAAACAACAGAGAAUUUAUAUUAUGUUUUAUAAAAUUUUAUUAUUUGAUUUAUUAUUUAUACAAAUGCCAUUAUAUCAGAAUUUCAGAUUAGACUUUAUGACACAUUCAAAAAGAUGGAGGUGGAUGUUCAGCAACAAUUGUUCCUAAAAGGAAGAUUAUGUUGUAUGGGGAGCAGUUUGGAAAUUAAAUGAAUGUAACAUUUGUACAUUGGACAAUCAAGAAGGUGUGGCAGAUAAAUUAUAUUUCUCUUUAAUGGUUGACAUAGAAACACCUACUGGUGAAAUAUUAAAAUGCAGAAUGUACCAGCAAUGUAACAAUCCAAAUGAACAUAUAAAAUCAUGCCUACUACCAAAGCAUAGAAGACCUUUACCAUUAUAUCUAGAAACAAUAUUAAAUGGUGCAUACGAAAGUAAUCAGUUACCAUGUGAUUACAUUAAAGUUUUAGAAAAAAUACCACAUAAUGAAUAUACAGGAGAAUAUAAUAUU